AUGAAUUCGCUUUUGAACAAACUUGUAUUUUUCGCCGUCGCGUUUUAUAGCCUUGUCGAGGGGUUCGAGCUUUUUGUACUCACAGAUGGACCGAGAGACAAAAUCACACACCAUAGAAGAUGGAAGGCUGCGAAGACAUGGCUAACUCACGUGAUCGAUGCGACCAAAAUUGGAACUGAGAUCCACUUCAUAACUUCUUCGGACCCAAAUCAUAAAGUCAACAUUCGACAUGCUUCUGGAACUCGUGACAUUCACUCAAGAAUUUCUUAUUUGGGACGACCCGGAUAUGAUACUUACUCCGCGAUUGUCUCCCUUGCGCAUCAAUUAGAAGACGACAAAGAGAAUCGAUUCAAUCUGAAUGAUCUGAAGGCACUCAUCCUUCUUACUGAUGGCGACAUUGGAGUCGAUAUCGAAGCAAACUGCUUUGUUAGCCCCAACUUCGAAAUCUUCGACAAAUCGUCCAACUGUGGUAAAAUUUAUCUAGACGCGUUGAACUACGCCACAAAGCCAGGGCAGCUCAGUUCCAUAGAUCUUGUGUUUGUCGUCAACUGGGCGACGGAUGAGCUUAUCGACCAGUCGUUAAUCAAGGCGAUGACGAAAAUAUUUCCAGACUCGAGAAUUGUCUGCGGUACUCUUGACAGUCUCCGUGAAACUGCAGUUGAGCUUCUCCGUGAGCUGAACACUGAUAUAACUGACGAACCAAAGCUGUUUGCUCCCGAAAUUCGCAUGCUUGAUCAACUCGUUGAUCACUAA